AUGAUCGAUAAUCAGCGCGACAUCAGAUGGCACAUGCGACCGUACCUCAUCGACUUCCUCAUUGAAUUCCAUUCUGCCUACAGCAUGUUGUCCGAGACCCUCUUCCUCGCCAUCAAUCUUCUCGAUAGAUACUGCUCUAAGAGGCAAGUGCUGAGGCAGCACUACCAGCUAGCGGGAUGCGUCGCACUAUUUAUUGCUUCCAAGUACGGAGAUAAGAAAUGCAACACGCCUUGCGCCAAGGAUCUCAACCGUAUGUGUAGAGGAAUUUAUGAAAUACGCUUAUUCUCACAGAUGGAACUACACGUCCUUGACAGCCUUGGAUGGGCUGUUGGUCACCCUACGGGCGAAUUAUUCUCGAAGAUCUUUUUGGCAGAGCAUGGAGAUGAUAAGGAGGUGGAAUGUAUGGCUGCUUACCUCCGAGAGAUUGCACUCUACCACCGCAGCUUUGUCUCGACCAAGCCUUCGGUAAUGGCACGGUCGUCUCUUGCUUUAGCAAGAACCAUUCUUAAUCGAAACAGAGUGAAAGAAGAGGGAGAAGACGAGGCUUCAACCUCAAUUACCCUAUCACAGCAUCUUCGCGAGCCAUCAACGACGUUGGCGCGUAAGUACUCGACGUACAGUCUCUGCCACGUUUCUCAGAAGCUUGCCGAAUUCACGUCUAGGGGGUCUGUCAGAACUCACCGAAUCGCUCAUAUCUCCGUACCCUAUAUUGGGGUUACCAACAGAUUUUCCAACGGUUUCGGCGACGGGGUGGAAGACAGUAAUGGAGCAAUUGCCGUCGAUGGCAUCUCAGCUAGUUCAGAUAUCUCGAAAAAUCAUUCAAUGCAGAAGAGCGAGUCCUUCAACGAAGUCUCAGCAAGCAACGGCUGUCUAUAA